CUAUUUCCAGUGGCCCCAUAGCAGGAAGAGAAAGAGGGAGAAGUUGGGCUUGUCUCGCCUUCUUGCCAGAGCUGGGAAAGAUGCAGCUCUCUCUGAGAAACAUGAUCCCUUCUCUUUGUGAAGGAGUCCCCCUACAUAACCUCCUUCUCCUCUCUGCCAUCGUCCUGAUCCUGGCACAUUAUCUAAAGAGAAGAAGAAUUAGGAAACUAAACUACCCUCCCGGCCCUCCGGGACUGCCCAUAUUGGGCAACUUCCUCCAGAUGGACUUCCAAAAACCCCAAGUUACCAUGCAAAAGUUUGUCAGGAAAUACGGAAAUAUUUUAUGCAUGCAUGUGGGCAGUCAAACUUUUAUAACAGUAACUGGAUUGCCAAUGAUCAAGGAAGUCCUGGUCAACCAAGGUGACGUGUUUAUUGAUCGACCCCAAAUCCCUCUCUAUCUUUAUAUCUUGAAGUCAUCUGGCUUAAUCAUGUCUAAUGGCCAAGUGUGGAAACAGCAAAGAAGAUUUGCCUUAAUGACUCUAAGGAACUUUGGUUUGGGAAAGAAGACCCUGGAAGAUCGGAUACAGGUGGAGGCCAAGUAUCUCUUUGAGGCUAUCAGGGAAGAAAAAGGACAGCCUUUUGACCCCCACUAUGUUAUCAACAAUGCUGUUUCUAACAUCAUCUGCUCUGUAACUUUUGGGAAUCGUUUUGAGUACCAUGAUUCACAAUUUCGGGAGCUCCUGAAGAGUAUGGAUGCUGUCAUGAAGCUUUUGGUCAGGUGGGAGUGUCAGCUCUUCAAUAUAUUUCCUUCUGUAAUGAAAUUCCUGCCAGGACCUCGCCAGAAGCUCUUAAGAGAAUAUAAAAAGCUAGAGUCUUUUGUAGAAGAUGUGAUCAAACAACAUAAGGAAAACUUGAAUCCAGAAGAACCCCAGGAUUUCAUUGAUGCUUACCUGAAGGAGCUGUCCAAGGAUAACAUCCAUUCUAGUUUUAAUGAAAAAAAUUUAGUCUACUGCACCCUGGACCUCUUCUUUGCUGGAACAGAGACAACUUCGACCACACUAAGGUGGGGACUGCUGUACAUGGCCCUUUAUCCAGAGAUCCAAGGCAAAAUACAAGCGGAGAUUGACAGGGUGAUUGGCCAAUCCCGACAGCCCACCAUGGCUGAUAAGGAGAAUAUGCCCUACACUAAUGCAGCUGUUCAUGAAGUUCAAAGAAUGGGAGAUAUUGUUCCUUUCAAUGUACCCAGGAUGGCUGUGGUUGAUACCACAGUGGCAGGAUAUCAUGUGCCUAAGGGGACCAUGUUGUCGACCAACUUGACUGCCUUGCACAGGGAUCCUAAGGAGUGGGCAACCCCAGAAACUUUCAACCCAGAACAUUUUCUGGAGAACGGCCAAUUUAAGAAAAAAGAGUCUUUUCUGCCUUUCUCAAUUGGAAAGAGGGCUUGCCUGGGGGAACAGCUGGCUCGGGCUGAGCUCUUCCUCUUCUUUACCAGCCUGCUCCAGAAAUUCACGUUCCAGCCUCCUCCAAACACCCAGCUGAGCCUGGACGUCCAAUGUGGCACUACCAUGUCUCCUCUCCCCUACAAAAUCUGUGCCAUUCCUCGAGAGAUGUAGACCAAACAAUGCCUGUGGAGUGAUAUUCCAGGAGGCACAGGGAAAAUCUUGAACCAUCCUCAUCCUCCCUGCAUUUGGAGUUUGGCUAGGGACAGAGAGAGAAGUCAAGGAGGGAAAAAAAUGAGAGAGAUCAAGGAAGGCUAUCCGUUGCCCAGUGUGAACAAUCCCACUCAGAAAAAAGGAGAGGCAUGAACACCAGCAAAAGGAUAGCACAGAAUUCUUACUAGAUUGGAAGUUUAAGGACUUGGGGGUCACAUCUCAGUCCUCUUUUUUUCAGAUCUAAACUGAGAAAGAAGAAGAUCUCUAAUGUCUAUUCCAGUUCUAAAUUGACAACCCUAUGAUGCUUUGAACAGCAAAUCAAUGCUAUUCUUUACCUAACUCAAGCAGUGGGGCCAAAUGUUGGUUAAUUCUUCUUCUUUCUCUUUUGCUUAUAACUCAUACAGUAGAUGUGAUUUUGGGGAAGGCUUCAGAAACUUUAAAUCCUAUGGUUGAUUGGGAUGCUCUUUAGAAAUCCUUAUAAAUCAUGUAUCCCUUGUGGGCAAAUAUUAUUUUUUUAUGUCUUUGGAUUUAUAGCAUCCAGUCCAGUGCCUAACAUAGAGAAGGAGCCUAUUAAUAAUGAUCAUUGUUUCAUCUCUAAAAAACGUUCCUUUCACAUUCAUAAUUCCUUUAACUUUCAAAGUAUGAAAUCUUGACCCAUCUGUUGAUGAACUGGGUUUCUCAUUCCUGUUAAAAGCCAUGUUACUGAUGAUACAUCAUAAGCAUUCUGCUAUUAACUAUACUCACAUGAAUUUAAGAAUGUGCCCAUCUUUGUUUUGCUCAUCUGUUAAAGUUCUCUGUUUCUCUUAGAUUUCCUUUUUCUUAUGAGAGAUGUUUACAGAAAAUAGAUUUCCAUGCUAACAAUCAAAACCUAAACAUAAAAUGUAAAUGCCAGUGUGAAUUGGUAAGAUAAGUAUUACUCAUUUCUUGUUUGUGCUCUAUUUUCUACUUUCUUCCAUCAAACUAUUGAAAAUGCUGAGUGAAUCUAUAAGGAGGUCCUUGUACCUUGUACCAUGCAGCCAUCUUGUUGGAAAAUUGCUAGCCAUGGCCAAUAAAUUAAUU